CGGGUUCAGAGGGGAACGGUGAGAGUUGAGGCGAAGGUGAGCGGCGGUGUGGAGGGCUGUCUGCACCGGAGUGGAGCUGAGUCCUGACUUCGACCCGGCCCGAAUGGAGGCUGUCCGGCUUUAAAGGUUGGCAGCGCGAAUUCCCCCCUCGGCCAUCUACCCGCCGGGGUUACCGCGAUGACGGCCAACGAGGAGCAGACGAUGGAGCUUGAAGCUCUUCGCUCCAUUUAUGAAGGUGAUGAAUGUUUUAAGGAACUUAGUUCAGCAUCUUUUCAAUAUAGGGUAGGUAACCUUGGUGACCCUAAAGCCUUCCUGCUAGAAAUUUCAUGGCCUGAAAUGUAUCCAGAACUGCCCCCAAACAUAUCAUUGAACGCAUUCUUCAAUAAUAGCAUUUCUUCUUCAGUAAAGCAGGAUAUAAUAGCCAAGCUACAUGAACAGGCUGAAGCAAACUUGGGAACAGCAAUGGUGUACACGCUGUUUGAAUGGGCUAAAGAGAACCAAGAGGAGCUUAUGGAAAACCAUCAGCCAGUAGUUGGUGCAGUGACGCUAUCAAUGACUGAAAAUACUGUAACUUCUCAUACUUCUGUUGCUAAGAAAAAGAAAAAAGAACAGCUGUCAAAAUCUCAAAAGAAGAAGUUGGCUGAUAAAACAGAUAACCGAGGGGAAUUGCCACGUGGAUGGAAUUGGGUAGAUGUCAUUAAGCAUUUAAGCAAAACUGGCAGCAAGGAUGAGGAGUGACCAAGGUUAUGGACUGGCGUUAACUAGAAUGUCAGAUUUAUUUUUGCUGGAGCACAUUCAUUUUUCCUGUUUGUGUGGAAAACCUCUUUGAUAAAAUUACAGCAUCCAUUUAGUAUGAAAUCAAUUGUGGGUUAUGUUUUACUCUACAGACUAACUGCACAUUUUGAAGGCAAUUGUUGCACUAAAUCUGACACUCAAAUUAGUCUGUCUAUUUACAAAGCAAAAUAAAUAUAAAAUAAAUUGAACUAUUAAGUUGGACACAUGGUAACAGAUUGCUUUGUUGCACAUACUUCUAGUGGAGCAUACCUCUGUUAGGCAUGUUUUUAAUUAGAAAACCAUGGCUGAAUAUUUUCCUGAACAACACUGUUAAGCUGGUGACCUGUCUGCAACCAUGCUAACUGUUGCUGUUUUAACAAAGGUAUUAUGGACUAUAUUUCUUCAUCUGUCAUCUCCCCCUUUUUGAUACUCUGACUUACCGUCAUGAGGAAAUCAACUGAAAAUAUUCAGGAAUCGAAUAAAGUUUUUAAUAUUUUUUA